AAAUAAUCCUCGACAAGCCGUCACAUAAAUCACAUUCUCUUUCAUUUCCCAAAAGGAAAAAAAGAAAAAAAGAAAAUUUUAUUUACCCAAUUGAGCCUCUUCAAGGAAACACAGGGGCACACCCUGCAAUUCUUAGCUAUUUCAGGGUAUUUAUUUUUUUGAUCGUUAUUCUUUCGAAGCUUCUUUUUAUUCUUCGAGCUCAGCUCACGAAUUCUCAAUUCUUAGGGUUAGGGUUUUUUUUGGCUUUUUUUGGCUUUUUUUUUUUAUUGAAGUGACCAAAAAAAAAAAAAAAACCAUGUUUCUUCUUCGAUGGAACAGGUUGAGAACUUAGGGUUUGGAACUUUUGGAUUUGUAUAGUAAAAAUAAAGGUUUUGAUUAGGUAGAUAAUUAUGGCGGCAGCGAAUCCACAGCCUUUGCAGGCGCGUCCGUAUGGGGACCACGUGGCGGUGCGGGGACCGAUACCGCUUGACGAUGAUGAUGAAGGUGAGUACGAAGAUGGUGGUGGUGGUGGUGAUGAUGCUAUGGAUGACUUGGAAGAUGCUCACGUGAAUUCGGUUAGCGUUGCGGAGUAUGGAGUUGGAGUUGGUGGUGGUGGUGGUGGUGGUGGCUGUGGUGGAGGUGUUGGUGGAGGAGUGGUUAUGGCGUCUCGGACGAGUGAGCUUACUCUUUCUUUCGAAGGUGAGGUCUACGUGUUCCCUGCUGUCACGCCUGAAAAGGUACAAGCAGUGCUCUUGCUUCUAGGUGGACGCGAUGUACCAACUGGUGUGCCUACAAUUGAAGUACCUUUUAAUCAAAAUAACAGGGGUGUAGGUGAAACCCCAAAGCGCUCAAAUCUUUCACGAAGAAUAGCAUCCUUGGUUAGGUUUCGUGAAAAACGGAAAGAGAGAUGUUUUGACAAAAAAAUUCGGUACACUGUUCGAAAAGAAGUUGCACAGAGGAUGCACCGCAAGAAUGGACAGUUUGCAUCUGUAAAAGAAAAUUCAGGUGCUUCUAGUUGGGAUUCUCCUCAGAGUUGCCUUCAAGAUGGUACUCCUCAUCCAGAAUCUGUUUUGCGCAGAUGUCAACAUUGUGGUGUUAGUGAAAAUAAUACUCCUGCAAUGCGUCGUGGGCCAGCUGGACCGAGGACUUUAUGUAAUGCAUGCGGUCUAAUGUGGGCAAAUAAGGGAACAUUGAGGGAUCUCAGUAAGGGAGGAAGGAAUGUUUCCAUGGACCAUGUUGGACCUGAAACCCCAGUUGAUGUCAAACCGUCAAUUACAGAUGGAGAAUUCUCUGGCAACCAGGAUGAGCAAGAAGCUCCUGAAGACCCUUCUAAACCUGUCACUGAAGGAACCAAUAAGUCUUCUGUUAACCCUGAUGAGGAAGAUUUGCAUGACGCUGCUGUAGAUUUUUCGGAUCUUCCCAUGGGACUUGUCCAUUCUUCAGUUAAUGAUGAGGAGCAGUUGUGGUAUCUGCAGGAACCUUUGGUUGAGCUUCCUAAUCCUUCAGAUACAGAUAUAGAUAUCCCUGCUAACUUCGAUUAGAAGGCCUAAGAUUGUGAUCCUUGUAAAGGAGGGGCCUUUAGGGACUUCAGUUGUCAUGACUAAAAACAACCAUGAUGUGAACUCCAAGUGCAACGAAAUCAUCUUCUGGCUGGAGGAAUGCACUGUUGCUUUCAGCUGACAUAGAUUCCUGGCAAUUAUUGGCGUCGAUACAAGUGCCGGGAUCUUGCAUGUGUUAGAGUUGUUAGGAGAAAUGUUUCGAGUGCUUUUUACCUGUAUGUGAUUUAUUUGUUAGGGCUGUUCUGAUUGCGGUAUAUUUAAUGUCACCUCUCACAUUUAAUUCAUGUCAAAUGUACCGAGUGCUUGUGAUGUUCUGAUCUCAACAAACCUCAGUUCAGCUACAAAAUGAGAAUGUCAAUAAUUGGUCUGGUCAAGUCAUUUAGACGCAUUGAUCCGGUAAUUUCCAUACUUUGACA